CGCCGUCCUGCUAGUCUCCGUCCCAGUGCGGAGCCGCCCGCCGGCGCGAUGCUGGCGCUGUGGCUGGUGGGCCUGGGGCAGAAGCUGCUGAUCUGGGGCGCGCUGGGCGCCGUCUCCGUGGCGGGAGCCACUCUUCUCCUGAGCCUCCUGCAGAUGGUGGCGAGGUGCGCGCGGCAAUGGCAGGAGAUGAGGGGCCUCCCCACGUUGCCCGGCUGCUACCCCUUGGUGGGACACGCGCUGAUGAUGAAGCCAGAGGGGAAAGAAUUUUUUCAGCAGCUAAUUUGUUACACAGAAGAAUAUCGGCAUUUUCCAGUGCUGAAACUCUGGCUUGGACCAGUACCACUCUUGGCCAUUUAUAAUGCAGAAAACGUGGAGGUAAUUUUAAGUAGUUCAAGUCAAAUUGACAAAUCCUGUGUGUACAAGUUCCUAGAACCAUGGCUUGGCCUGGGACUCCUUACCAGUACUGGAAACAAGUGGCGAUCUAGGAGAAAAUUGUUAACACCCACUUUCCAUUUUACAAUUCUGGAAGAUUUCUUAGAUGUCAUGAAUGAACAAGCAAACGUAUUGGUUAAUAAGCUUGAAAAACAUGUUAACCAAGAAGCCUUUAACUGCUUUUUUUACAUCACUCUUUGUGCCUUAGAUAUAAUUUGUGAAACAGCCAUGGGGAAGAACAUUGGCGCUCAAAGUAAUGAUGAUUCCGAGUACGUCCGUGCAAUUUAUAGGAUGAGUGAUUUGAUAUCUCGAAGAAUGAGGAUGCCGUGGCUCUGGCUUGACUUUUUGUUUCUUAUGUGUAAAGAAGGAUGGGAACACAAAAGGAACCUAAAGAUCCUACAUAAUUUUACCAAUAAGGUCAUCUCUGAACGGGCCAAGGAACUGAAGAGAGACGAAGAACAUAGAAGUGGUGACAAGGACUCUUCCCCCUCCAAGAAUAAACGCAGGGCUUUUCUUGACUUGCUUUUAAAUGUGACUGAUGAUGAAGGGAACAAGCUAAGUCAUGAAGAGGUUCGAGAAGAAGUGGACACUUUCAUGUUUGAGGGCCAUGACACGACUGCAGCAGCAAUAAACUGGUCCUUAUAUCUAUUGGGUUCUUACCCAGAAGUCCAGAAACACGUGGACAGUGAACUGGAGGAAGUGUUUGGGAAGUCUGAUCGUCCUGCUACCGUAGAAGACCUGAAGAAACUUAGAUACCUGGAAUGUGUCAUUAAGGAGAGCCUCCGCCUUUUUCCUUCUGUCCCCUUAUUUGCCCGCAAUCUUACUGAAGAUUGUAAAGUUGCGGGUUACAAAAUUGUGAAAGGCGCUCAAGCAAUCAUCGUUCCCUAUGCACUGCAUAGAGAUCCAAGAUACUUCCCAAAUCCUGAGGAAUUCCAGCCGGAACGGUUCUUUCCCGAGAAUUUGCAAGGACGCCACCCAUUCGCAUAUGUGCCUUUCUCUGCUGGACCCAGAAACUGUAUAGGUCAAAAAUUUGCCACAAUGGAAGAAAAGGUCGUUCUCUCCUGCAUCCUGAGACAUUUUUGGGUAGAAUCCAACCAGAAAAGAGAAGAACUUGGUCUGGCGGGAGAGCUGAUUCUUCGUCCAACGAGUGGCAUCUGGAUCAAGCUGACAAGGAGAAACGGAGAUGUGUCCUAACCAUAGUCCUGGGCUGUGCCCUUGUCACGUGAACAGUCUUUCUUGAAGGGAACUGGAUUUACGAUUUCUAGAUCUGGGUUCAAUACUCUGAGUCCCUAGACCUAUUUUUUUCUUGUCCCCACUUCUGUUGGGAUCAAGCUCCCCAGACAGUUUUUAUAUUUGCAUCACGACCAUAGGUCUUAGCCCCGGUCUCGAUCCCCAAAGUAGAGUUAACCAGUGACGACACCCAAGUAAACAUAUGAUAGGUUUCUCAGCAGAGGGGCCCACAGGCCAAUUCAAUUCAAUUGGCACACCGAAAGAAUAUAAUUUAAUUGAGAUUCUAGAAUUUUUUGAAGGUAUUCUUACUGACUGGGGAACAUGUAUAUGCAUGUAUACAUAUGCAUUUAAUUUGAAAAGGGUGGGUAAUUAAGUACUUAGACCUAAGAAGCUCAAGUUUUAAAAUUAUAUGAGUGACAUCAAAUAUGAGAAGAAGAAUUAUUAUGGCACUUUUCAGAUUAUAUUGCCUGGACUUGAUAAUUUUUAAGUUGACUCAUGAGUUCUGUUCCUGUUUCCCUUUUGACCAGGUGCCGAUAGCCGUGACUUCAUUAUCCAUAGCAUCACAACUAGCCUUAUAUAUCAUACACAGUUGGGAAAGACUCCUCUGGGUAAUUUCCAAUCCCCCACAGUGCCUCAGAGGUUUGAGUAAUGGCUUUUGGGGCUGGGAGGACCUGAGAACUUAACUAGUUAUACUCCCUUUUAUUCGAAGUGUCUGAAAUCAGUGAGAAGGUAAGUUUCUGCCCAGAGUCACGCCGCUGGUGGGUGACAGGGCUGGAAACGGAGGUCUGUGCAUCUCUCCAUUCCCACUGUGAUAAACUGUGCUGUGUUAUGCUCUUACUUGAUGGAACUCAGGUCUGUAGCUAGAUGUGUCCUUAGAACACAGCUUUUUCUGCCUCCGAUUUUGGGAUAUUUCUUCUAGAGCUCUUCCAUCAUUAAAGGGAAAGAGAAGCCACCCAUCUGUAUUUAGUAACUCAGGAAUAUCUCACUUAGUUUGGGGUUAGACUUCCAGUAAAUUCAGUCCUCCGGACCAUACCUACCCAGCUGAUAACUGACAUUCUCUGAGUUCUAAUUCCGUAGGCAAUAUCUGUAUCCCCUCAGUCAGUGCCUUUAAAAAGUGACUUUUAAUGAACAUAGUAUCAUUGUUGCUUCAGUUUUCCCAAGGCAAUAGCAGAUAGAAGCAACAGAGUAAGAGGAUGGAAUUUCUCUUCUUCAAUGGCUGUCCCAGGGAGAGAUUGCAAACCAAAGCCAUUUGCAAGCGCUUCAGGCCGAGUCAUUUAGGGCAGGGUCAGCAGCUCUACCCACUUUACUAUCCCAGGGCACCCCAGUGCGGACAACCCAGUGGCUUAGUUGAUGAGAAAAAGUCAAGGAAGUAUAUGAUACAGUUGAAAAAGGUUCAUAGCAUAUGCUUAACUUUGUUAGCUAGAAAGUGAAUAUAUGUAGAAAAUCUUAUUUCCAGAUGACUAUGGAUAAUCAAAGUUUUAUUCAUGGAAAUUAGUAUUAUUUCUCAAUUGUAUGCAUUUAGAUUGAAAACUUGCUUCUUUUUUUCUCUUCCUUCCUCUCUCUCUCUCUCUCUCUCUCUCUCUUUCAGUGGCCCUGCCCUGGAUGUGAAAUUGAAGCAAAACAUUGCUUAAUGUUACCUUUUGGCCUGAGAUCUUCAUGUAGCUCCAGAAUAAUUUGUUAUUUGUGUUAUAAUUGAAAAUUCUCGUAACCAUGUUAGAGGGAGAAUGGACUGUAUAUCAAAAUGCAGAUGCUGAUUUUUUUUAAAUAAGAGAAUAAUCAAGUAUCUAUGACCCUAUUACUCGUCUAACUGCUGCUUGAAAGAGGUUAUCUCAAGAAAAAUAAAUUACAUUUUAUUCA